AUGUCGAUCCCCGUUGCCGGAAGUGUGCUUCUGCGCGACAAUCAGGCCGUUGUUGUCUUGUCGGUGGCACAGGAUGGCGCGGCGGCUCCUGGGGGACCUGGUGGGGGACCUGCAGACAACCUACAAAUGCUGCUGAAUCAAGUCCUCGCCGGGGACCAUGCAGUACAUGAAAGUAGACAACCACUUGCGCGAAAGCACCUAGCGGCAAUGGUCUGCAACAUUCAGAAAGGACUCCGACUGGCCCCUGUCGGAUUGCUGGGCAGCUGGAGUCCUGACGCCUCACGAAAGCUCCUACAUGCCCUGGCUCUCCCCAAAGUGAUCCGUCCCAAAAAGGAGACUGCCACAGCCUCCCAACCUGUCUUGCAGCUGACGAAUGGUACUUCAUCCUCGUCGACGUCGUCCACGUCUGACUCUUCCUCUGACUCUGACUCCUCGUCGGCAUCAGAAGAAGAGCAAUGGCAAGGAGUACCGAACCCGUCUUUAGGCGUUGCACCUGAAGUUGAUACUGAGUACGAGUACGUGCCCAACCCGGCCCUCAACAUUGCCCCCCCCUCGGCUGUAGGUGGCGUCGUGGACAGUCCAGAGGAGGUUGCAGGAUCCAAUGGGAGCGCAAGUGUGGCAUCUUGGAAUGAGGGUGUGCUGGGUGCCGGCAGCGCAGGAGAGCAGGACAACGGGCAGACUCUGGAACGUCCACUGAAAAUCCAGAGGUGCAGCUUGUGUCAUGACUUUGAUGAUUUGUUGGAGACGUAUCUUGAAGCGGCGGACGAGUUGGAGAAAACACAGCAGAAAGUGCUGGAGUUGCAGGCCAUUUUAGCAUCGCAGCAGAACCGUACAGGAUAG